CUUCCCUCCCUGACCCAUCCAUCCCCACCUCUCUCUCUCAGUCUAUCUCUCUCUCCCGGCAAGGCCAGUUGUGUCAGAUUCCGGCCACCACCACCCCCAAUUUAUUUAUUUAUAUAAUUAAUUUAGAUUUGUACAAUCAAAUUCCAUUCGUUCCUCUCCCUUUGCCCCAAGUGUUGUGCUGUGAAAUACGUGAAAAAAUUAGUCCGAAUUAAUCUGAUUUAUCUAAUCCAAUGGCGAUGAAUGGAGCAUUAUUAUCGGAGAUGCUGCAGUGUACGGACACGACUGUACUGGAGAGGCACCGGGCGCGCUUCAAAUGGCAACAAGAUCAGCACUUCCAACACCAACUGCAAGAGAAUUUAUUCGGCGAGUUGGGCGGAGUGUUUUCGGUGCCCAAUUCGGUUCAUGGUUUCCAGAAUGGGUUUGACCCAGUACAGCUUAAGCCAGACCCGGGUAUGGAAAACGGGUGGCCGGAUUUGGCGGGGUUCGGGCCUUGUGGGUACGGGAAUGGGCCGGCUUUUGACAUCAAUUAUGGCAUUUCAAGAACCGCUAGUUGUCCGCCGACGGUGGCAGAAGCUGCUGUGAAAGGCAGAGAGUCUGAUUUGUCUGAAAAGAUUACUUCUUUGGCUACCAAAGAGAAUUCGAAGAAGAGAAAAGUAGAUAAGGUGCAAAAUACUAAGGGUUUUGUUGGAGAAGAUGAUUCAAAAGAGAAAAGGAUCAAAGGAUUUGCAGAAGAUGGAGAGUCCAAGAUAACAGAGCAGAACUCCAACAACAACAACAACAAAAGCAGCAACAGCAACAGCAACAGCAACACCACCGCCAUAAACAACAAGAACAGGAAAGAAAAUUCUGUAGAUACUUCAAAGGAGAAUUCAAAAGUCUCUGAUGUUCAAAAGCUUGAUUACAUCCAUGUCCGGGCACGCCGCGGUCAAGCCACUGAUAGCCACAGCUUAGCUGAAAGAGUGAGGAGGGAAAAGAUCAGUGAGAGAAUGAAGUUCCUGCAAGAUUUAGUCCCUGGUUGCAACAAAAUCACAGGAAAAGCAGGAAUGCUUGAUGAAAUUAUCAAUUAUGUUCAGUCUCUUCAAAGACAAGUGGAGUUCUUGUCAAUGAAACUAGCUGCAAUUAAUCCAAAACUUGACUUCAACACUGACAACUUGUUUGCCAAAGAGCAGGUGUUUCCUGCUUCUACAGCUAAUAAUAGUAUUCCUACAAUUGGUAUGUCAACAGACAUGACCAAUCCUGCUAAUUUCAUUCAGUUUAAUCCAGUUCAACAACAAUUGAUUUCAUCUUCCGGGAUUGAAAUGUCGAUGAUUAAUCCUACUGAUAUCGGCCUAAGAAGAACAAUUAGUUCUCCCAUAUCGCUCCCGGAGAGAUUUCUUGAUUCAUCUUGCUUCACUGCAACACCAACUUGGGAUUCUGAUUUACAAAAUCUCUACAAUGUGACUUUUGAUCAAGGGAGAUCAUCCUUUACUUCUCAACCAUUUACUGGUCCCAUUGAAGCUAGCAAUCUCAAAAUGGAGAUCUGAAUUGGGAUAUUAUCAAUCAUUUGAUUUCUCAGACAAUUUACCCAGAAGACCAAUCAUCGGUCAUUGAUGAGAUUCUUUUUUUUUUCCCUACUUUUUCUGAGUACAUAGCAUGUAUAUAUAUAUAUUUCAAUAUUUGUAUGUAUACUUUCAAUAUAGUAUGAAUAAGCUUUUAUACUUAAUUAGUAUCAAUGGCUUCUUUUA